GCCCCACGGCGGAGCCACCAAUGGCCGGAACAGCGUCCCGGCAGCCGGUCUGUCGCCGCCAUGGAGGAACCGGAGGCGGUGGCAGAGGAGGAGGAGGUGUUGCGGGACUACCUAGGGUACUAUGCAGCCCGAGGGGCGGAGGGGGAGCUGGCGGUGUGCGAGGAGGCGGCCCUGAAGAAGAGGGCGCGACGGCUGCUGGGCCCGCGGCGGGACGGAGCCCUGGACGUGCGCAGCGUGGCGGAGCGGUGCCGGAGGGCCCGGGUCGGCGGCAGCAGCAGGCUCCUCCGUGACCUGGUGAAGGCGCUGGAGCUGCUGGAGCUGCUCUGCGUUAACCUGCUCCUCUCCCCCUGGAGGAAGGAGAUCAGGUCCCUGAAGACAUUCACUGGUAAUUUUGUCUACUAUAUUCAGUCUGUGCUCCCAGAUGACACUGUAAAAGCAGUACUGGAGAAAAUCGGUUACAUUGCAACAACAGCAACAGAGUUUUCACUUGUCAAAGAGAGAAACAAUGAGGAAACAAAGCAGACUGCAUUUGAAAUAUUCCUGGCGAGAAUUGAGUGUGAAACCAUCCUUGAAACGACAAAUGAAGAAAACCAUGGCAAUUUGGAGAAAACCCUACAGAAGAGAACACAAAUGCACUGGCACCACGGAGAUAAGGACAAAGAGGACCAGGCAUCCCAGAGAGAAGACGCUGAAAAUCUAGAAAAGAAAGAAAACAGUGAGACAUCUCUGUGCCUUGCUACUCAACAGAAGUCUUCAACUAACAGCGAUACGGCCUUUGAAGCUGCUGGGAACCAGAAGAUCAAAGAUGAUGUGCCUCAGUCAGCAGUUACUCAAUCCACUAACAGGCUUCAGGAACACCAAAGGCAAGUCAUUAACACAGUACACUUCCCGGGCAAAUGCUCAGACAGUGAGGACUUCUUAAUCAAAUAUAGUGACAUUGUCAUAGGACAAACGCCUAUUUUCAGCGACAGUCUUUCUCCAAAAGCUUUUGAAACAAAGCCAGGAGCCAGUCUAAGUGAGGAAUGUGUUUUGGCAGUCUCUGCAGAGUCAACUGCAAAUGAGAUCAGGCCUGUGCCACUCUCACCAGGAGCCAGCGGUCCGCCAGCCUUUGCAAUAUUUGCUGACGGCUCUUGUGACAGGUCUUGUGAGUAUAAAGUUCAGGAAGUCCCCAAAGAAUCAAUUGAAGCAGAAAUUAAUGAUGCCAUAAACUGCGUAGACCUGGACCCUGCAGAUGAACCUAAUGAGCUAAAGUCUAUGCCUUACAAGGAUAUCGUAUCUGUCCAAACCCACAGUGUCCCUAGGGAAGAGGAAGUUUGUGAGCUGUCUUUAACCUUUACAAAACUACAAAUCAAGGACACUCAGGAAGACCUUACCUGUCCAGUAGAGGAAACUGGCCAACCUGAGUCUGUAUCAUAUGCAAGUACAAAUGACAGGCACGAAAGAGAAUGUAAUCAUUCCAAAAUAAACCACAUGUAUCUGAGUAAUGCUCAGGUGCAGUACAGAGCAGCUGCAUAUCCUGAGCCAUCUUCAGACCUACACUGUACUACCAGGAACAUGGAGAAUCCCACUGCUGGUUCUGAUAGCAAGAGACUAAUGCUGGAUACCCCUAAUGUACAUGCAGCUCCUGAGUGCUUCAGACACAUUAGAGAGCCACCUAACCUCACCUACAUUCCACCGCAAAGUAUUGAUGUUCGGUCUUCAUGUCUAAGAAGGACCACUGCACAAGGCAGAAGAAACCUCUUGCAGCCUGAAUGUGACUCUCCCAAAUCCAGUGAGGUAAAGCUGGAGAACUGUAAUUCAAAAGUAAAUGAAAUCCAAGAGCCUUAUGUCAUUAUUGACAAAACUGACCAAGGAAUGUUAUAUCAUCACACUUGAUUCUAUCAGUGCUUUAUCUAUAAUCUGCCUGGGUUUUUCUUCUCACUUGUGGCCUUGAUCAGCUUUGCAGAGAUGAUUAGCCUUGUCAAAACAGUUAAAAAAACAGCAAACAAACAAAAAACACCACCACAGCUUUUGGGCAGUAAAAUAGGGAAGUUGAGCAAAUUUUUAAUGGCCCCUUCUCAUCUGGAAUCUUUAGCACUGAAACCCAAAUGGUCACUUUUCUGAAGUGCAGGCAACUUACAUAAAUUUAAAUCAAUGUAAUUUGAUUCUAUUUGGCACUCCUUCAUGCCAGACAUGUUUCUUCAGUGAAGCACACUUCUGCUGCUUCUUCCUGUUUGCUUUUUUUUUUUCUCUUUACAGACAUUUCUGGAAUAAUCCUUAUUCUUCCAAGUACAGCAUGCUGGAAAAUGAUAGAAACAACAGAUAAAUGUUUCAAAAUGGGAUGACCCAACUUUACAGCUUUAUAAAUGCAAUACUUGGGUGUAUGUCUGUAAUUCCUGUGAAGCUGUGCUCUGAGCUAAUAAUGCUCCUUUUUUUCAGGUGAGAGUUUAGAAAGUUUUGUAACAUUCCAUUAAGUUUAAAGAAGGAAAUGUCUCUCUGAAACACUUUUUAUUUUUAUUUUUGCAUUAGGAAGAACACUUUUCAUCUUGGAAAGCCAAUAACCUGUACUACAGGUUUUAUACCUGUCUCCACUUGUUACCACAAAGAAUUUUGGUAACCACCACAGAUUUUCAGAGGAGUACUGAGCAUUCAGAUUGUUCACUGAUUCCAGAAGAGGGAGAUCCAGCUGCUGCUGCCAUUUCUCUUGCCCUGUUUCUGCCACUUUAACUCUGCACGAGCUCUGGAGUUCACUGCACUUUCUGUAAGCUCAUCUCACUAAAAUGAAAGGGAAGAACUGCCAUCUUCUGCUAUUUUAGUGGCAGGGAAAAAUAGAUCAGAGAAGGAUUCCUGUGUGCAAUAAAGCCAGGAUAAGGGAUAUCCUGUUGGCAGGAGUGCUGUGAGAAAAGCACUGUGCUGAGAAGGCAAGGGAGCAGCAUUGUUAGACCAGAUCACCUGGAAUUGGGAGUCCCAGUACUGAGAAUAUCUGCCUACACAACACUUAAUUUAGAAAAGCACAGUCACUGGUGCUGUAUUUCAGCACAAUUUCCAGUGCUUCUUUAUACUCAUUACCUUGAAAGACUUCAGAACUGCUUCAACUAACUUCAAGGUGCCUAGCUGCUAGCUGGGCCAGCCCACCACAACUUCCUUUCUCUUCUUUCAAGUACCUCUGUGUUCUUCCCAAGCAUUUUGAUUUUUAUAAGCUAUAUUUCCUCCUGUGGGGGUUAUUAAAAUUAUAUAUUAAAUCUCAAAUUGUGUCAAUUUUUCAGGAACUCUUAAUUCAAAACUGCAAAAAGUCCUUAUAAGGAAAGUAUCUCCUAAGUCUUUAGAUGACCACCAGUACUACACGAUUCCAAUACCUAACCUCCCAAUUUUACUGUUACUGAAGCCACAUGAGAAAGAAGUAUUUAACAGCAACUUACUCAUGAAAAAAAAAAAACAAAAACAGAAAAGGAGACUGAAGACUGCUGCUUGAAAAGCCACCAUCUUAGGCAUCUCAUGCCAUUAAUGCUAUACUGCUGGCCUUUAUUAAACUUUGUAACAUCUACUGUUAGAAAUUUAAGUCUUCAAUAAACUUCCCUAAUGCACCUGAGCACAAUUGUUUCUGUCUAACAGAAUCAGAAUCAUUUAGGUUGGAGAAGACCCUUAAGAUCAUCGAGUCCAACCAUCUUCAGCAUACCUGG